AUGUCUGCCGAUUCGUGCAAGCUGGAGAUAUGGCUUGACUGCCGGUUCUCCGGCUCGGAUGGGCCAGCACCGCUAGCCUGUGAUCGGCGUCUCCUUUAUAGUGGGGCCACGCCUGGGAAACGCGACCUGGUGUGCGGUGCGGCAGGACGUGUCGAGGAUUGCGAUGGCAAAGAAAUGGGCGCUCCUGAGCUGAAGGUUCUGUUCAUCGGAUCUGGAGGAGAGGUUCACAAGCAUGCCCUCGAGAUAAUGGGACACGUUGACUGGGCAGCUUUUCCAAACUGA